AUGUCAUCGAAAUACAUUCAUGACAAGUUUCGAUCAUGGAUCUCAUCCGUGGCUGGAGUGACUACAAACGAUGGUUGUCUAUCAGGAACAUGCUGGAUACUGGACCUUCCUCCUGAAAUCAUUCAAAUCAUCACAGAUUAUUUGAACCCACAUGAUCUGACAGCGUUCAGUCGUGUUUGCCGAUCAUUCUAUGAUUUAAUCAAUCAGGAUAGCUUUUGGGCUCAUCGCAUACAUCGACAGUUUCCUCAUCCCGUUGCACAACUGUAUACAUCUGAACUGUAUCAUUUGCCAAAUAUGAUUCAGACGACGUAUGAGAGUCGAACACCGAACUUUCUUCAUACUAGACCUGAAAGUGAACUUGAUCGAUUUGCACUAACCUCGGCUACACGAUAUAAUGACGAAGCAAUCGAACGGAGCCAUACAAAAAUGUACGUUUCAAAAGACGAAUUCUUGACAAAUCUGCAUUAUUUUCAGUUUCGCACACCGACGAAUCUCUCGACUAUUCCAUUUAUGAAACUAAUUUAUUUUUAUUUAAUCGAUCGAAAACGACGUGCAGCUGUAAAUAUGGACGUUGUUCAUCUGAACGGAAGUUACCUUGUCAAUAGGAGCGAUCGAAAUAGUUUAACAGGUCAUGUAAUUCAAUUACAAAGUGUUUGUUGGCUUGAAAUAACUGGACAUUUCGAACAAAAGAUCAUGCCGGGAAAAUAUGAAGUUAGCUGGCGUAUGAAAAGUCAAGCGGGAAAUAUCAGUUUACAUGGCGAAACUGAGUUUCUCGUCGUUCCAUCACAUGGGAAAAUGCUGAUUAAGAGCGUAGCCGACACUGAUUUUCGUGAUUAUGCUAUUCAACAUAAUGAUCAAUGGUUCACAGUCAACAUGGGCGCGAUCGUUAUCUAUGAGCCUUCGGAAGUUUUCAUGGCUAUACGCAAUUGGAACAGUGGAUAUUGGAAAUCGGGCAUUUCAUGGGAUUGUAUAGAAUUGAAAAUAAUACCAUAG